AGCGGCCAAAACGCGGGUUGGGGGGUGCUGACUAGGCAGUCAGGCACGUGCGCCACGUGGCUCAACGAUUGGAGAGUGCUGUUGGCAGAAAAAGUCGCACGCAUGUGUCGAGGCACCCGCUGAGGAGGCCACGUGACUAAGGGAUCAGCAAUUGGAAAACGCGACACGUGUCGACGGAAUUUCGGUAAGAGGCCACGUGGCUGGAGGACACGUCGUCAGGAAGAACCUGUGGGCGUGGCCCACGCCGCGAACAAAUAUCUCUUUGGCGGGACGGUAAUCGAUCUGGAAAAGGGGAAGGAUGGCCUCGUGGUUGAAGCGCGCCGAAGAGCUGCUGGAGGUUGUGGAUAAGACAGCGAGGACAGCGAUCCGAGAUCGGGACGAUGGAGAUGAGCUAUCAGCUG